CUGUCAGGCAAACCCUCUCCUGAGCUCCCGGCUUUGUGCUGCCUCUCAGGCAUGCUCCCUGCUUCGGGACAGGUUUAUGUUCCUUCUGGCUUUGGGCCACGUUUCUGCCCCCGGCCGGCGUUUGUGCCGCCGUCAGCUUUGCCUCCCCCUCCUCUUUCUCCUGCUCCUUCUUCCAUGCGGUUUGUCCCUCCGCAGCGGGUCCUGCUGCUGCAGCUCGGUGCUGCCUGCAGUACAGAGCUCCCUGAAGAUGUCUAGCUCAUAUUGCUUCAAACUGUCUGGAUGUCUGUUCUUUAACUGCUGAAGCUUCCCUACCAUUUGUUUUUCUCCUUCAACCUUAAUCUAUUAAGGGAUCAGAAUUGGCUGCUAUGGGAUCAAGAUCAACUAAAACAUGAGAAGAUGUAUUCAGGAUGAUCGGUCCAGAAGAUUAUUAACAUCAUAGAAAUCUUAUUUUUGUUUAAUAUGUAAUAUAAUCUGACAAAGCCACAUUCCAUUACUUACCUUGAAAGUAAGGCACACCUUUGGCCUCCAUCAGAAAUGUUUCUAACAUUUUCAAGAAAAAAUAUGUCCCAGAAACUGAGUAUGUUUUUACUAGUCUUUGGAAUAAUAUGGGGCUUGAUGUUGCUGCGCUACACUUUUCUGUAUCCAAGACGCCAAAGCAGCGCCGAGUUGCGUGGACAGAUCCUGGAUUUAAGUAAAAGAUAUGUCAAAGCACUGGCAGAAGAAAAUAAAAAUUUAAUGAAUGGUGGUGGUGGAGCCUCUAUGGCAGGAUAUGCUGAUCUUAAGAGGACAAUUGCUGUUCUUCUGGAUGACAUCUUGCAACGCCUGGUGAAGUUGGAAAGCAAGGUUGAUUACAUUGUUGUGAAUGGCUCAGCCACCAAUACCACUAAUGGAACGAGCAACCAGGUGUCUGUAACCUCAAACAAGCGUGUAAAAGCAGCAAGAAAUAUAAGAUAGCAAACAGGGCCACUUUGUGUUGCAACACAUAUGCUAGGUAAUGUUUAAGGUAAGCUUUUUAUCUCUGGCUAGGGCAAAGCAGUAGUGGACUCUAAAAGAAGCAUAAACUCUUCUGUUGUACAACGUGCUGGAUCUGUGUAGGCCUAACUUAGGAGCAUAGGUUCUCAAAGCAUUAUUUCAUUGCCUUUGAGCAGUGUUUCUGAACUGAUCUUUGUUGUCUUUAAAGAUAUUUGGGUAUCAUGAUUGGAUAAAGUAUGCAGUUGGAUAACAGCAAUGCAUGGGAAGCAAUGGGGAACUUUGAGGAAUGUUUCUGAAUGUAUUUAUUUAAGUCUGAAUAGAGCAUAUCUUUUGGAUAGGUGAGCAGUAUCGUAGCUUACUCAUAUUUUGUGAUCUGCAUUAAGCUAAGGUAGCUGGGAAAAAUGCAUUGUUAAACAGAUCUUAGGAAAUAUGUAUACUUACAAUAUUUUGUUACUCAUUUACUAACACAAUACUAAAUUGAGAGAAGCAUUGACAGUAACAUUUUAAAAGUGUGACCCAAAGAAUGUCUUUAUUUGCACUAUUUGUCAGAAAAGCUAGUGGGAAUUUACUGUAUAUUUAAGAAAAUUAAUUAUAAUAGGAAAACAUUUUAGGUAGUAACACUGUCCAGGUAUAUCUUUACGCUGGAGUUAGGGUAAUUAGAUUAUCAAAAACAAAUCAUAAUCUGUGGUAUCUUAGAUGAUUAUUUCUUACAAAGAUAUUUAAGUGUAUGUAUUUUGUAAUUGCAGAUAAGAUUAUUUAAGUGAUGGAAAUAAGUUUUGGAUAUGUGAAUACUGUUUAUUUUUAUUCAUUGCUGUUUCUUUUUAACUUUCUAGUACCUUGCAAUUUGUAAUGAGUAUAGCACACCAUCUCCCUGAAUUGCUUUUUUGAUCAGGAGGAAAAGCAAUGAAUGGGAACAAGAAAUCUCUGCAUUUAACAGAGAUAUGUGAUAUAUGUACUAAGGGUGUCUUAACAUGGAAUAUUUGACAGCUAAGGUAAUGUUUGCCUUAUGUCACUAGCCUUACAGCAUAGUGAAUUGCAGUGUGGAUGCACUGUAUUUCAAAAUGUCACUGAAGUCAUAUUCAAGAGAAAGUGCCACUGAGCCUGUUUUUUAAGAUGUACUGAAUGUUUGGGGGGGAGGAAGAACUCAUGUUCAGGGACUUUUGCCAAAAGUGUACUGUGAGUGGGUUUUUUUUGGGGGGUGGGGUGUGGUCUAAUAUUGUAUUAUGGAAAAAAAAAUCACCAGUAAAAAAACCAGAGGUGCUGGAUGAUAUACCAUCCAAAGUUACAUGCUUAUUCCUUUUCUUCUGUUUUCCUGUUGAUAUUCUGGACUGUUACAACAUAAAAUACACUUACAACCUUAGUUGGUAUCCAGAUGACUUUUUUUUCUGUCACAUUGUGUGUAAAUGUGUACUCACUUCCAUGCAGAAAGAGAAAUAAAUUUUUAAUUGUA